GCGCGUGCGAGGCGGAGAAGGGCGGCCGGGCCCCGAGUGCCCAGCGGGCCUCAGUUCCCCAACCCGGGACGGGGCGCCCCAGCUCUGCCCAGCCGGGACGCCCUUCAGGGCGCUCCGGAGGAAGGGGGAGGCCAGGCCCUGCUCCUUCGGGACGCCCCGGGCCGGCCCACGGCUCCCACGCCCGCCCGGCGUCUCGGCGUCCCCGCGUCCCCGGCGCCGGGGCGGACAGCGCGGCUCCGGCUGGGCCCGGGUGGUCGGUCGGUCGCACAGACGACCCGCGAGCCGCGUGUAGCGGUGGGGACGCCGGCGGCGUGAUCCCGGACCCGGACCCCAAGGCGGGAGUCCGCACGGCGUGGCCCGGGGCAUGGCAGGAUUUCCAUAAUAUAUAUAGUAUGAGUUCCACAUCUCAACCUCUUACCCAGCUUCAACAGUCUCAGAUCUACCAGCUGGAAAGUAAAUGGGAUUUGCGGGAAUUCCACGCUGAACUGAAAUACAGACUGCAGUGUUAAUAUCCUUUUCUUCUGAUUGUUAACAGUUCCUCAGAAAAUUAAAUGUCGUCAGAAGAUCGAGAAGCUCAGGACGAUGAAUUGCUGGCCCUGGCGAGUAUUUAUGAUGGAGAUGAAUUUAGAAAAGCAGAAUCUGUCCAAGGUGGAGAAACCAGGAUCUAUUUGGAUUUGCCACAAAAUUUCAAGAUAUUUGUGAGCGGCAAUUCAAAUGAGUGUCUCCAGAAUAGUGGCUUUGAAUACACCAUUUGCUUUCUGCCUCCUCUUGUGCUGAACUUUGAACUGCCACCAGAUUAUCCAUCCUCCUCCCCACCUUCAUUCACACUUAGUGGCAAAUGGCUGUCACCAACUCAGCUAUCUGCCCUAUGCAAGCACUUAGACAACCUAUGGGAAGAACACCGUGGCAGCGUGGUCCUGUUUGCCUGGAUGCAGUUUCUUAAGGAAGAGACCCUAGCGUACCUGAAUAUUGUCUCUCCUUUUGAGCUUAAGAUGAGUUCUCAGAAAAAAGUGCAGAGAAGGAUGGCUCAAGCCUCUCCCAACACAGAGCUAGAUUUUGGAGGAGCUGCUGGAUCUGAUGUAGACCAAGAGGAAGUUGUGGACGAGAGAGCUGUGCAGGAUGUGGAAUCAUUGUCAAGUCUGAUCCAGGAAAUCUUGGACUUUGAUCAAGCUCAGCAGAUAAAAUGCUUUAAUAGUAAAUUGUUCCUGUGCAAUAUCUGUUUCUGUGAGAAGCUGGGUAGUGAAUGCAUGUACUUCUUGGAGUGCAGGCAUGUGUACUGCAAAGCCUGUCUGAAGGACUACUUUGAAAUCCAGAUCAGAGAUGGCCAGGUUCAGUGCCUCAACUGCCCAGAACCAAAGUGCCCUUCGGUGGCCACUCCUGGUCAGGUCAAAGAGCUAGUAGAAGCAGAGUUAUUUGCCCGUUACGACCGCCUUCUCCUCCAGUCCACCUUGGACCUGAUGGCAGAUGUGGUGUACUGCCCCCGCCCCUGCUGCCAGCUGCCCGUGAUGCAGGAGCCUGGCUGCACCAUGGGCAUCUGCUCCAGCUGCAACUUUGCCUUCUGCACCCUGUGCAGAUUGACCUACCAUGGGGUGUCUCCGUGUAAGGUGACUGCAGAGAAAUUAAUAGACUUACGAAAUGAGUACCUGCAAGCAGAUGAAGCCAAUAAAAGAUUUUUGGAGCAGAGGUAUGGUAAGAGGGUAAUUCAGAAGGCACUGGAAGAGAUGGAAAGUAAAGAGUGGCUGGAAAAGAACUCAAAGAGCUGCCCGUGUUGUGGGACCCCCAUAGAGAAAUUAGACGGAUGUAACAAGAUGACAUGUACUGGCUGUAUGCAGUAUUUCUGCUGGAUUUGCAUGGGUUCUCUCUCUAGAGCAAAUCCUUACAAACAUUUCACUGAUCCUGAUUCCCCGUGUUUUAACCGGUUGUUUCAUGCUGUGGAUGUUAAUGGAGAUAUUUGGGAAGAUGAGAUUGAAGACUAGUUAACUCCUGCUCAAGAUAUGGAAGUAGAAUGGUUUGCCCUAAUCUUUUGUCACGAACACAGAGUAACCCUGAAGAAUAUUUAGGGUACCAUUCAUGCACUCUUCCUGUGUAGACGCUAUGAAAGAACAAGGUUUAUAUUUUCAUGUGGUACUACUGAUUAAGGCACAUUCAUACAUAUUUAAGUGUAACAUAAAUUGAGAAAAAUUAUAAGCCAAAGGUUCAGAAAAUGAAAGCUACAGAAUAUUAAAUAUAAUGUGCCCAAAGCUCUGAAUAGUUAAAAAUUAAAUAUUUAUUUUCUUCCCCAGGCUUUAAGGAGAAGAAGGUCAAGAGUUAAAUUGAAAGAUCCUUUUUGUCUCUGAGAAUGAGCCCUCUGGUUUUAUCUCUGAGAAGCAUCCCUCUAAGAUACCCUGUUGGUGCCCCCUCAGUACUACUCCUUACAACUGGGGUUGGUGAGAAGCCUUAUUACUGACAGGCUGAUCUCAUUUACUCCAUGUUACUCACGUUCCUUCCAACCUAAACUUCUAAGUUAGUUCUCUUUGGAGGGAGCCCUUUAUUCUAUAACUGACCGGAUGGUGCAGUGUCAUUUUAGUCUGCUUUUCAGAAUAGAAAUUUAUAAUAAUUUAAAAAGUAUUUUUUAAAACCACAAACACUAUUGGUCACUUGAUAUUUAUUAGUGGUGUAUAUAGUCCACUUGUUUUAGGCCAAACAUAGAAUUAGUCAUACUGGCUCAGAACAGUUUCAGCUCUAUUCGCCUCUCGUGGGCAGUAGAGCCUAGAUUCAAAACGACUUUUCUUUGCUACCUUUUGUUCUACAUUCUCUCCCUUUACCUUCUGUUAGGAAGAACAAUUUUAAUAUUCCAGCAACACAUGUUUUUAUUUCACCUGUUGGAAUAGGAGAAAGCCUAAUAUAUUCUCAAGCUGAAUGUUCUUUAAUUAUCUGCAUUUUGAAUCUGUCUACACCGCUGUAGUUCAGUCCUAACUUUGUGAAUUCUUUUUAAAGGUCUUCUCUAAUGAGCUAUGGGAAUUUGGUUUCCUACCCUUUUUUGCAACAGCAGUGUUGUGAGUGAUAAUUUUGGAUUGAUAGCUACCUAGAUUCCUGUUUCUAGGUUUUGUUGGCUUUUUGAAAAAAUUGUCUUUUCCUUAAGGUUUGGUGAGCAGCUUGGUAGCAAUGUAAGAUUUUUUUGGACAAGACAGAAGAAUUGAACUGUAGCUUAUAAACAUGUUCUUUUUUUCUACUUUGUCAUUGAAAAUUGAGGAAUCACUUUUAACUUUUAGGUGUGUGUAUCCAAAGAAUCAGCAAGGACUAUGAUUCUGGAAUUUCAGUAAGGAUGUUUAAUCUUAAAAAUAAAAUUAAUUUUAAAAAUCAUCUUAUAAUUAGAACAGAGUUGCUGCUGUUUUUUCUGUUGCCAGUGCAACUGGUCACAUAUUUUUAUGUAAAAGACUUAUGUCUAGAGCCUGAUACAUGUAAACUACCAAAUAACUUUUCUUUGAAGUUGAAGUAGAAGCUCUGUGACAUUUUAAGCUUGCGAUUAAACUAACUUAUGGGCCUUC